ACUUACUAUCAGUCAGUGCUCGCUCGACAAGGUUGGUCAAAAACCAGGUUGAGAUUAAGAGGGACUUUCGUCUCUCCCCGGACACCUAGCUCGUGGAGAUUGUCCGCCGUUCAGGGCAUCGAGAGACUUUCACCUGACUGAGACCUGACUGAGGUGCGGACAAAUGGUGGACGACUACAGUUCGGUUGAAGUGCCCUCCCUCCUAGUAAACGGAGUGCGAUUCCCGGACGUGUUCCCCAGAGAAUGCGUGGAAAGCGCAAUCAAGCAUCGCGCUCAUGACGAAGAUCUCAUUGUUUGCACCUACCCGAAAAGUGGAACGACUUGGGUCCAAUACAUAUUAUGCUAUCUCCUCCAUUACGAUGAAUUCGAUGGAACGGUCGCGAAAAUGAACGCACUCUGUCCUUUCGUGGAUCAUUUUGGCACCGACAAACUCAAGCCGGGAAUGAUGUACAAACAACAUCUGCCAUUCAACCCCGAGACGUUUAAUGACAAGUCGAGGCUCAUCAUCGUUGUGCGAAACCCUCGCGACGUUGCCAUUUCCUUCUACCACUUCGUGACUCUACUUCCACCGAAAGUUCCAGGCGUUCCCGAAGGCGCCAACUGGUUCAAAAGAUUCUCGCAGCUCUUUGUGAGAGGUGAAGUUUGGUACGGGGAUUACAUGGAGUGGCACCGGGGCUGGCUCGAAGGGGCGCGGAAAUAUGGCAAGCCAGAAAAUAUCCUGUUCGUGGUCUACGAGAAAAUGAAGAAGGACCCUCGGAAAGAACUUAUCCGGAUCGCAAACUUCUUGGGAGAGGAAGUAGUCGAACUAAUCAAGGAUGAAAAGGUCAUCGAGACGAUCCUUGAAAAAACACACGUGAGAAGCAUGAAGGAGGCCGUUAACGAAUCUUAUUCCGCUACGCUCGACGAUGAGUCCGGCGAAAUUCCCGAGGUGGUCGAAUUUGUCCGGAAAGGGACGGUUGGAGAUCAUGUGAACUAUUUUACUCCGGAGAUUUCGAAGAUGUUCGACGAAUACAUUGCUUCAGACCCCAGGAAUCGGGAGAUUAUGGACAUGUUCGAUGUCUGAAAUGUUUUGAGCAAAGACAAUCGUCGGAAGAGUGAAUUCCCAAUUUUUUUAGGAAGCUCAUAGUAAGUUAUGUUCCCAGAUACUCGGGAGAAAGCCGAACAAUCGAAUAAAAACACGAAAAACUCCGCU